AUGCCCAGCUCCGCGAAAAUUGACGAGAUACUAACCGUCGCCAAGAAAGCGGUCACUAUCUUUGCCAACCGUGGUCAGCCAUGCUGUCUCUUCGGGAGUACAGCGUGCUGGGUAUACGGCAACAGUGCGUUGAGUGGCUCGAACAGAACUCCCAACGACGUAGACCUUCUCGUGAUUUCUGAUCAGUAUAGAACUGCAGCGGACUGCGAGAGGCUCAAGCAGAUGCUCAUCGAGGGGGACAGCUCUUUCUUCCUCAGAGCUCCAUCCAGGAACCAGAAUGCCGACUACAGAGUACUGUGGUAUAAGCUGUCGUCACGCCCAGAGCAGCGUGAGCGCAAGUGCAAAGUCGACAUUCUUGUUCCCGGGUUGAUGAGCCUACCUCGUGUCCCUGUGGAACACAUCACCGAUGUGGUCGUCUCUCCACGCCCGGGGCAGGCGCACCAGGUGGCCCUGCCGGUCAUGCCACUGGUGCCUCUGUUGUUGAUGAAGCUGAAGGGCUGGAAAGACCAUCGCGACUCUGACCAGGCACACAUGCAAGUGAAGCAGGGCGACGACGUGAAUGACAUCGCCCGGCUUCUGCGGAUUGUCAAGAACCAGGGUGCCUUUGGCGUCCGGCACUCCAGUCUCAAUUGGCUGCCAGAUGAAUUCGUGGCUGAGGCUCAUGGAAGGGUCCAUGAAUUCGUGAAGAGGUUUCCAGCCUUGGCUGAGAAGUGGGAGCAGCUGGAUUUCGAGGUGCGGCAUGGAGGAACAACGACUUGGGUGUUCAGGUGA